AUGGCAACUACAUCAGCCGAAAAUGUUGGAGAAAUCCUCGUAAGGGUACAAGACGAUCUGCAUCGCUUGAAAGAACAAUUAGCAAAUGCUGGAGCAUCAAAAGGAAAGCAAGCUAUUGAUUUAAAAUCUUUAGAACAAGCAAUAGAAAGAACUGAAGAAGGAUUAAGGCAAAAUGCCGACAAGGUCAUGCAUUCUAUACAAAAUCGUGUUCAAAUUUUACCAGCACUAAAUUCUUCUGUAAAGAACGUUCCAGACUUUGAACCAAAUGAUAGCUAUCAACAAUAUGCUGAAUACUAUUCAAUGAGUCCGGGAGAGCAGGUGAAAGAGCUGCAUAAAAGACGAACUAUGGUCAAGCCAGAUACAAAUAAUGCAAGACAACUAUUAGAAAAUGAAUUUGACUUACCUAAACAAGCUAAUACAAUUCAGAAAGAAUCGCAUAAACUUACUGGAAGAGUCUCAGUAGGCUCAAAUGUUAAAUCCUUGACGAAGCUACCAGCUAGAAAUAGACGGGACCCUCAGUUAACACCCCCUCAAAUUAAAGAAGAAGAUGCAAGAAAGGGAAUUUUGAGCUUAUUAGAAAGAGGAUUAAUUCCUGCAGCAGCACAAUUAACACUACAACCUGACCCAGUUAAAAGCAAAUCAGCUCCGCUGCAUCAUAUCUCCGAACAAUAUUCCAUGAGUUCAAAAUAUCUAUCUGGUCAUAUCGAUAUCGGUUUUAAUAUGGCAGGAGUCAAGCUUGAUAGUAGUAAGCAAACACAGAAUGAAUUGACAGCUGUAGCAACCGCUCAAAGCAUCGACAGAGAGAGCUUGCUAAAGCAUGGCGAAAGGGAUGAAGCUAGGACGUCUACAUUACGAUCGAAGCAAUACGAACUGCCGACAUCAUUAUCUAAGUCACUAAGCAAAAAACCUCCUACAGGACCCCCACCAUCAUCUCCUACAACUGCUAGAACUCUACGAUUCGUAAUUAGUGGUGGGAAAGAAUUUAAGGCAUUUAAAAAAACAUACAUAUUAAAUUGGGGAAAUCUAGAUCAAUUAGCCACGGAUACAGAGUUACAAGAAAGAAUUACUAAAGAUAUGCUGUUAGACUGUGUAGAAAAUAUUGCAGACGUAAUGAAAUUAAUCAGCAUACCUGGUAGACGAUUUAAAGGUGCAGAUGGAAGUAAUAUCGCUGCUAUCAAAAUUCAGGCAUAUUGGCGCCGUCAUAAAGACCGUAAAGUUUAUCUUGCGCUACGAAGACAAAAAUGGGCUGCAGGAAUUAUUGCCAUGUCAUGGCUAAUGUCCCUUAAACUUUCCGUGAUACGAAAACAAUUGAAGCAACGUAGACUUGAAGAGUUGGAAAAGUUUCGAGAUUUAUCAAAUGAUUUGAAGAAUAAUUGGAAGAAGAUUAAAGGGUCGUCCCAUGUUGUCAUCCAUAUUCCAAGUUUAGGUUAUUCCGAAAAUAUUCGUGAAAACUUACACGACAUACCUUUGCUCCAAAAUUUGCAAAUGGCACGAUUAUGUGAGAUUACAGACCCAAAUGUGGAUAUCAUUUUGAUCUCACCUAUGACACUAAGUGACGAAACGGUGGAUUAUUAUAAGAAAUUAUUGGCUGUAUCUAUGCCUAAUAGUGAUAAAAAAUCAAUUAAUGAUCGAAUUAAGAUUAUCAUGCCGGAUGCAUUAACGCAAUUUAAGAGGCAUAAUAUGUGCUUAUCAACAAGACUGAAAUACAGUCCUAAAGCAAUGAAAAGAUUAAAAAAUUUAACAUACGGACGAAGUGGAUACAUAGUCCCUGGAUUAAUAAGUAAAGAUGAUUUGCAUAUUGCAGAUCAACUAGAUUUACCUAUUCUUGGAACCGAACCAGAUAUAGCCCAACUAUUUAGUACUAAAUCAGGAUCACGAAGGAUCUUUUUAGACACAAAUGUAGCUAUUCCUCCUUCAACAUGCGAUAUUUUCACAUUUCAAGAGUUCUAUGAUGAAUUGACUGACCUGAUUAUAAAUCAUGUUAAUAUACGAAGAUGGUUAUUUAAAAUCGACAAUGAAUUUGACGGUAGAGGCACAGCAUAUUGUGAAAUUGCUCAAUAUUUAAAGUGCUAUAAGUGGUUGCGCAAAGAAGCUCAUCGAUAUGGUGCUGAAUGGCAACAGAAAUGGGCCCAGGAAUCUGCAAGGACAAAAAUUUUAGGUGAAUUACCUGAUAUUCUUGAUAAUUAUUGCCAUAUUGUUAACAAGCGAGGCUAUCAGACAUGGGAGAGAUUCUGCAAUGUUUAUUUGGAAAGAGGAGGAGUUAUUCAAGCUUGUCCACCUAGUGAUAGCGUAACUGGUGUAACAGUUGAUGCUUUAGUUGAUCCAACUGGUCAAGUGAAUAUUAUGUCAUUAGGUGAUCAGAUUCACGCCGAAAGUCAGUACAGAAUGUGGGGUCUAUCCGUUCCUCAAUCAUCAGUUGAUCCCAAUCUAAUCUGCGAAACUAUUCAAAAAAUUGGCAAAAGUUGUUAUUCUAGGGGGAUAAUUGGACAUAUUUGCAUUGAUUUCGUGACUUUCAUUGACGGCAUAACGAUGGAACAAGAAUUAUGGGCUACAGAUUUAAAGAUAUGGUAUAGCGAUACUAUGGCCAUGUCGCGGCUUAUGCGUUUUAUGACCAAUGGAAGCCUUGAUCCUCUCCAAUCGACAUUUAAAAUAUCAGUACCAAAGAAAGAAGAGAAAAAAUGGCGAAAGAAGAGAAAUGAACCUCCAGCACCGCUAGAAGAAGAACGAUUUGGGGUUGUAAGUACGAAGCUAUUUCAUUCCAAUAUGCAAAUUGUCCACUAUGGUGUUUUCUUUCAAAUGUGCAAAGCUCAAGGUAUUGGGUUUGAUAUCAAGGAGAAAUCUGGAACUGUGUUUACUAUUGCAGAUGAUGUCAAAAGAAAGCAUAUGGGAAUGUUGUCCAUUUCAGACAGUUUACAAGGUGCACUAACCAGUUUUGCAAAAGCAUUAAGUACAAUUCAUCAAGAAAUUUCAUCUCCUGAAAUGAAUGGAGUGACUAAUUUUAAGGCAGCAAUCGAUGAUAUCGAAUCGAUAUUAGGAAUAACGAUUGAAAAUGAAAGCGAACAUACCAAUAGCGAAAAAGAUACUUAA